AUGGCUCCUCCGCGUUAUGGAAAUCAGUCCAUGAACGGACCUUAUCAUAUGCAACAAAAUCACCUUCAGUCUCACGCGUCCUCACAUCAACAUGGUGCCCUGCCGCCUCCGACUCACCUCGGCACCCCGUCGUUCGGUGCCGCUGGCUCCUCUAACGCAAGUCCAUUCGCUUUGGCCGGCAACUUAAACAAUGGCUUUGAGCGUGGCAUGCUCGAUGGCGGCCUUCUUCCGAGUCAAAUCGCUCAAAUGGGUUUCUCAAGAGGUGGUCCAGUGCAGGGUCACCAAUCGUACGAUGGGUUGGGGGUGCCACUGGAGAACAAGGACGAUGCUAGGAUUCGGAACGUCUGGAAGCAUAACCUCAAGGAAGAGAUGGCGACGUUGAGACAACUUGUGGAUGUCUACCCGUACAUUGCCAUGGACACCGAAUUCCCAGGUAUUGUCGCGCGGCCCAUCGGCCAGUUUACCACAAAAGCCGACUAUCACUAUCAAACAUUACGGUGUAAUGUCGACCUCCUCAAGAUGAUUCAACUGGGGAUAACUCUUUUCAAGCCUGACGGCACCCUUCCUCCGCCCGACGCCGCUCCUUCGCAGAAGUCCCAGUUCCACCAAAAUGCUCUAGCUACACCAUGCACGUGGCAAUUCAACUUUAAGUUCUCUCUGGAGACUGACAUGUAUGCAAGAGAGUCGACACAAAUGCUUUCGAAAGCUGGCAUCGACUUUGACCGGCAUGCGAAGCAUGGCAUCGAUCCCAAUGACUUUGGUGCACUGUUGAUCAGUUCUGGUCUGGUGCUGGACCCUGAUGUUCAUUGGAUCUCGUUUCACUCGGGCUAUGACUUUGGUUACCUCAUGAAACUUAUGAUUUGCAAGCCCUUACCCGAGGACGAAGUAACGUUCCACAAGUAUUUGGAGAGGUUCUUCCCCUCCUUGUUUGACAUCAAAUUCAUUCUCAAGCACGCUGGUGUUAAAGGUCAAGUCAACAGCGGACAACCCCUCUCUCAGGAAGCGGCGAUGAUGGUCCAACGCAUAAUGACCAAGUCGGGUCUCCAAGACAUCGCCGAAGAGCUGGCAGUGGCGAGAAUCGGACAAGCACACCAAGCGGGCUCAGACUCCCUGCUUACUGGGCAGGUGUACUUCAAGAUGAAGGAGAAGAUUUUCAACGGCACCAUUGAGGAGGAAAAGUACCGCUCUCAAGUCUGGGGACUCAAUGCGCAGAUGCCAACAGGUGGAAAUGCGACUGGUGGGGGAGGCGCUCCAGGGGCGACACGCGACUUUAACACUCCGAACAUGAAUGGAGCGACCUUCUACAACCAGAAUGGAACACCGACGACGCCGCAGACUGGUAAUAUCGGUCUGGCAGGUGGACAGGGCGGAGGAGGACCUUCUUCGCACACGCCUGUCCCUGCACAUACUGGCGGCGCCGGGAUGAUGGGGUCCAUGACACCUGGAGGGUUUGGAAAUUUCCAGUACCAGAAGGCGAUGAGUUAG